UUUAACGUAGAAUACAGAAUAAAUCUACUUUGUAGUUUUGUCAGUGUUUGAAUUGCAGUAGCACUGGUUGAUCAGGAAGGUCCAGUUCGCUCCGGAGACACCAGGUCCUCAGCCGAUGGUGGAGACGAGCCGCAGCUUCCUGAUGUCGGACAGAUCUCUGCACCUGGAGGCCUCUCUGGAUAAAGAGCUGUAUUAUCAUGGAGAGCCGAUCAGCGUGAAUGUGCAGGUGACCAACAGCUCGUCUAAGACGGUGAAGAGGGUGAAGAUCUCAGUGCGUCAGUUUGCAGAUAUCUGUCUGUUCUCCACGGCUCAGUAUAAAUGUGCGGUGGCUCAGGUUGAAGCAGAACACCAGGUGUGUCCCAGCUCCACCUCCUGUCAGGUGUACACUCUGACCCCGAGUCUAGGCACCAACAGGGAGAAGAGAGGCCUCGCUUUGGACGGAAAGUUAAAGUACGAAGACACCAACCUGGCCUCCAGCACCAUAGUCAAAGAAGGAGCCAACAAAGAGGCGAUGGGCAUCCUGGUGUCUUACAGAGUCAAAGUCAAACUGGUGGUGUCUCUGACAGAGAGCAGAUGA